GAAUCGGCAUGAACUAUCUGCUUCACCGUCAACGAAGCCCCGGUGCGGUCAUACCGAUCCCCGAGGAGCUUGAAGAAUUGAUGAGCGAAAUAAGUCGCGAAGUACUGCGCCAGCAACCCCCGAACGUGAUCCACUUUCUGGCGGACUAUCUCGAGGAGAAGCUGGCACGCCGUGAGAACAGUCGCAUAGCGGAAAAGAUUGUCGACAAUGUGCUGGACAUUAGUUUGGACAUUGUCGCCAUGCUGGAAGCGAUCGGCAUUGAUUCGGACCGUGCCGAGCAGGCAGUGAAACGUAUCCGGGAGGAGUUUCAUCGCCAUUUCGAGACGAAACCGGACGAUGAGCGUUUGCGUGAGACGUUCCGGGAGCGUGACGUACUCGAGCGAUUGGUUAGCGAGUGCCACUUUAGCGAGCAGGAAGCACGGAAAGCGUCGCGCAUUAUUGAGCAUGCGUACCGGACAUUCUACUUCCGUAAUGCUUAUAAGGAGCCGCAUCCUGCUGGCAAGGAUAAGGACUGGCGUCAGGCCGCAAAACAUACGCUGAGUCUUUACGCUCAGACAGGUCCAACGAAGGAAGAGAUGGAAGCGGCUGCACGCCGUAUUCAAGUGGCUUAUCGUGCGUACUACACACGCAAACGGCAGGAGCUUGAUCGGAAUGCUAGAAUCAUUCAACGUGCUGUCCGAAACCGUCAAGCUCGUCGAGUGGAAGAAGCAGAACUUCUCGGAGUUCCAUCGAUAGUUCUUGCUCACAAAAUUCUUGAUGAAUCUUUACUCAACUACACACCUUCGGAAGAUAUCGAAAAUUUAAUCGACGCUGCGAUCGUAUCCGAUGAUGAACGGGAUCGUGUGCCUCGUGCGUCAAAAGACUUGACCACCGACGAAGCUGCCACCAUGAUCCAAUCAGUGUUCCGUGGUCAUCAAGCUCGUAAACAAACCGUACCGAAGGCGACAACCAAGUCACUUUGCAAAACACCCGACGAGGUCGAGGAAAAAGCUGCCGUACUGCUACAAUCGACAGCUCGGGGACAUCUGGCACGGAAACGCUUCCAGCAGGAGGAGGAAAAGCAGAAGCACCAAAUGGCCACCCUGCUGCAGUCCCACGCCCGUGGUUAUCUGGCCCGCAAGAAGCAACUACCGCGGAACGAUCCGUCAGACCCGAAACCGUGA